GUGUGGUUAUCUGUGGUGAUUUGUGUCUGCUUUCAGUUUGUUGUGGAAAUGUGACUCUGGUUGGAGCUCCCCUUGGUUUCUUUUUUUUUUUUUUAGUUUUUUUUUAUUCCUCCCCUGCAUGGUGUGUGUAUAGCGCUGAUAGGAAAUGCUAUGGCUGAGCUUUUAGCGGCGCAUUUCAGCGGCGGGCUUGUGGCGGCAAAGCUUGGCGGCGGUGAGCGGCCGGUGUGUGGCAACCCUGGCACGGGAGCGCUGUGGCGAGAUCUGGGCUUUGUUGCCCAGAGAUAUGUAGUGAAGGAUGAAUUUCACCCCUUCAUCGAGGCCCUCCUCCCCCAUGUCCGUGCCUUCUCCUACACCUGGUUCAACCUGCAGGCCCGCAAGCGCAAGUACUUCAAGAAGCACGAGAAGAGGAUGAGCAAGGACGAGGAGCGCGCCGUGAAGGACGAGCUGCUGGGCGAGAAGCCGGAGAUCAAGCAGAAGUGGGCCUCGCGCCUGCUGGCCAAGCUCCGCAAGGACAUCCGGCCGGAGUUCCGCGAGGACUUUGUGCUCACCAUCACGGGCAAGAAGGCCCCCUGCUGCGUGCUGUCCAACCCCGACCAGAAGGGGAAGAUCCGCCGCAUCGACUGCCUCCGCCAGGCCGACAAGGUGUGGCGGCUGGACCUGGUGAUGGUCAUCCUGUUCAAGGGCAGCCCCCUGGAGAGCACGGACGGAGAACGACUGGUCAAGUCGCCCCAGUGCUCCAACCACGGCCUGUGCGUCCAGCCACACCACAUCGGCGUGACGGUAAAGGAGCUGGAUCUCUACCUGGCCUACUUCGUCCACACACCAGAACAAUCAGGACAAUCAGACAGUUCAAACCAGCAAGGAGACACAGACGUCAAACCCCCAGCAAACGGCCACUUGAGUUUCCAGGACUGCUUCGUGACUUCAGGGGUGUGGAACGUGGCCGAGCUGGUCCGCGUGUCGCAGACUCCAGUUGCCACGGCGACAGGCCCCAACUUCUCUCUGGCAGACCUGGACAGCCCAGGUUACUACAACAUCAACCAGGUCACCCUGGGACGUCGUUCCAUCACCUCCACCCCCUCCACCAGGACUGAAAUGGAGCUUUAUGCAAGUCUCCCACGGAGCUCCAACAAGCGUAAGUCCAUCGACGACAGUGAGAUGGAGAGCCCUGUGGACGAUGUGUUUUACUCGGGCCGCUCCCCGGCCGCCGGCAGCAGCUCCCAGUCCAGCGGCUGGCCCAAUGACGUGGAUGCAGUGCAGCACCAUUUGGCCAGUGUGCAGGAGAGGAAGAUUAAGCAUGAGAGCGAUGGAGUGCAGUUUCCUUACCAUGGACUCUCGUCGCCUGGUUCUCAUAAGAAGCUGGGGAAAUUCGAUUUCAGCGCCCUGUCCUCCCAGACGAGGUCCCCCCGCAUGGCGUUCACCCACCACCCACUGCCAAUGCUGGCGGGAGUGAGACCAGGGAGUCCCCGUGCGUCAGCCUCGGCCCUGCACUUCCCGUCCCCUUCCAUCAUCCAGCAGUCUAGCCCCUACUUCACCCACCCCACCAUACGAUACCACCACCACCCCGGACAGGACCCCCUGAAGGAAUUUGUGCAGUUCGUCUGUGCCGAUGGCUCAGGGCAGGCCGCUGGACAGCCGAACGGGAGCGGCCAGAGCAAAAUGCCAGGCUCCUUCUUGCUGCCUCCACCUCCCCCAGUGGCCCGCCCAGUGCCCCUCCCCAUGCCCGACUCUAAACCCAACAGCACGCCCCCUGACGGCGGACUCUCCUCGCCCGCAUCUCCGUCAUACUCCACGCCAGGCGCCACAGCUCCCAACAGGUUUGUCGGCAUCGGAUCACGGGACAACAACUUUCUGAACAUCCCGCAGCAGACACAGUCUUGGUUCCUCUGACAAGRUCUGUGCGCAAACCAGCAAAUAGAUAUCUUUCUUUACAAUUCAAAAUGAGAAAAAAAAAGAACAGAGAAACAACCUGCAGGAUGACAAUAAUUGUCUUACCAACCCGCCGACCAGCCCUGACAGUACGUCUCAUCUGAUAUGAAAUAUAACCAAGCAACGCARGAAAUUACAGUCGCAUGACACUUCUAGUGGAACCCUGGACACAUUCACGCACUCGGAGGGGGAGGACCUGAUUUGGGUGAAGAGGGAAAGACGAACGGAUGGACUCGAAGGAGGCUGGGAGRAAGAUGGAGCGAAGGAGGACGCGGUACGCGGGCCUCCUCACGCCCAGGAACCACAGCAGCGAUGCGGCAGCAACAAGCGGACGUGGGGGGAGCGGUCAGCUUCUCCUGCUUUCCAAGGACGCAUUGUGAAACAAAUGGCUAAGAAAAAAAAAAAAUCAACAGUCCAGCAAGCUACAAAAAACUUCACCCACAACAAACUCAAAACCCAAAUGAGACGAUGAGCGUCCAGUGAGAACAGCGGCCCAGGAUCUCAUCAUUGCCCAGAGCGAAACCCGAUUGGCUCCUCUUGCCUGGCCACCAAUAAGCAAGCGACCAUGCCAAACCRUAUCUUGAUUUAAAGUUGCACUACAAGCUGAAUCAGUCAACACUAACCCUUAACGAUGUGCACUAUUUACCUACGAGGCAUGGGAGGUAAACCACACUCGCCGAGAUGAUUUUUACGUUCUACGAAAAGGAAACACACCACAAGGUACAAGAAGCCUUCAGGCGUCCUCCACCUGGCAUGGUUCGAUUCAGCCAAUCACCGGUCUCCCCUUUGCUCAYAACGUUGUCAGUCUGUGUGCCAUGACUGCAGGAUUUCUCACCUUUCAGGUCAUAAUAUUUCUAUAUGUAUAUGUAAAAGCUUUCCUUUUUUUUUUACCCGAUAAUCUCAGUAAAUUCCCUCCACACACGAAGCAAUCGGCGUCCUGGACGCUGAGCAAUGUCACCGCUAUUGGCAGCAGCUAUGAGUUUCGCCCCCAAUCGUCCCCUUUUUGUAACAUAGACGAACGCUGACUAAUUAUUUUUCCCUCGCUUGUUUUUUUUUCUUAUUUGAAUUGACUCCUUUUUGGAUUUGUACUAUUUUCUAAUUGUUUUUGUAUUUGAAUGGCAGCACCUUAAAGCGAGAGAAGAAGAAGUGAUAUGUUGGGGGGCAAAGAACACGGAGCGGCUGGCUAACCCGGAGAAAAAUAGUGCUUGUAAAAACUUGAGGAAUAUGCCCACCUGCUGUUUUASAUGUGGAGCUGGUGUCACACCCAUGGGGAGCUACAGUGAGCAGCUGGUUAGACUGGAGUUAAUUCAAAACGAUGUAAAGAGAUGGAUACGGCCAUGUUAACUUUAAAUUUCUGGGUGUUUACUAAGAAGUGACUGUAUUAGACAUGAUGGYGGAAACGGAGAACGGUUUUGGAGCUAGAUUGAACAAAAACGUGAGGUUUUAGUUCGAUUUUUUUAAUUCUUAAAAAUCCCUGGAAAAUGAUGACAAUCACUUGCUUGAGAAGAAGGAAGUCAAACAGUAAAUAUGUUUGACCUACUAUUUGUCAGUGCUUGACUGAUUAAAGUCUGAGAUUGUGAGGAAAAAGCACCUAGUGGCUGCAGGUGUUAUUGCACUUUAAUUCACUUAGCAUUUACUUGACAUUUUGACUGACUGUGUGGUCCAUUUCCACUUGGAGGGCAGAGUUUGAGACAUAAGCAGGACAAAUGAACUGGAUUACAGUUAAUGGACGUGUUGCCAGUGCUAAUGAUUAGUCUCACAGUGGAUUGUGAUAAUUAACAUUUAAAGAAUAAUUAUGUUCAGAAUUUGUCAGCAGGUAGUGUCUUACCUGGAGUUGGUACAGAUAUGUUAGCCCCAGAGGCUGAAGCUAGCAGCUAAUCCAUGGUCAAACAUCUUUUUCAAUCCGAAAAGGGAUUUUUGUUUUUAUUCUAUUUGAUGCUUCCAAACAAUGUUUCUAGAUAGAAAUAAUUAAAUAUUUUUGACCAAAUUAAAACUCUUAAAGAGGAAAAAACACUUGCUGAAUGAAACCAGUGGAUAUUUACAAAAACGUUAAAAUGACCGAUGUUUAUCAGGGUCUUCUUAGGCUUCAUUCACACAAAUGUAACCCAAAUUUGAUUUGGGGCUCGGAUGUGACCAUCACAUCACAUCAGUCUGAACGGCCUGAUUCCGAUCUUUUCACCCAAAAAAAUAAAUCAGGCAGACAUUUAUUCAAACAGGAAAUGGAAGUAGGAGGUGGUGCGCCCUCGAUAAUCCUCCUGAAUGAAACACUGAACACUUGAAACACAUGAAUGGCUUUUGGUCCAAAUAACCUUCUGAUAGUAAAAAGUAAAAAUAUUGUUGUGGUUUCAGUAAACUGUGUUUUGCAGCUUACUGAACUGGUAGUUAAAAUCACCGGUUCUCAGUACAUAUUGAAUUGAAGAUGAUCGCUGGUGGUGGACAUCCUCCUCUGCUUGAGAGCUUCACAAAAUACAAUUGGCAAGAACCACUAAAACAUUUGUGAAAUUGCCGUUGUUUUAAGGCCUAGUCCACACCUAGCCGGAUAUCUGGAGAAACGAAUACAUUUUUAUACAUUUUUUUUGGCCUUUUGUGUGAACAAAAACUCAAUUUUAUAUCCCAAAAAACCCCAAUAAUUGAGGAAAACUCCGACCAAAGUACAGAUUUCAGAAAACUGUAUUUGUGUUUGCGUGAACUGAGUUUCAGGAUCCCACACAUUACAGUCAACGACAAACAAUGCGACAUGCGAUGCGAUAUCCCAAUUGAGAUGAUCUUGUGUCUUAUUACGUUUGUACUCCAAUACGAUAUUUAAAAGUAGUUCAACCUUUAUAUGAACCUUUUGGUGCCAUGUUUAAUUCCUAACCAGAAGUGGUUUUUGUUUGGAUGGAUGGAUUCUGGUCGGCUGACAGUUUUCAGCUUUGUGCUACGCUGUGUGUUUGGCAUGUUUAAAACAACGCUCACUGUGGGAUUUGGUGUGGAUGAAAGGCUUUCUGAAAACGAUCCGGCGUCUACGAUAUUUUAAAAACAAUGUGGUGGAGAUAAUCAUUUUUAUGAAGAUSUGAUUAUGAUGCUAGCCCCGUAAGCGUAUUAGCUUCAGCCUCUGGAACAAACGAAGAUGUCAACGCAGGRUGUCACUUAAAAAAAAUCAGUAUCCUCUAAUUUGGAUUUGAGUUAAUUUUGUGGAAAGUAAAAGGGACACUCUUAAUCUUUUGUGUGUGAUUGAGGAAAUCGGUUCACAUACAACUAGAUUAGGUGUUUACUGAUCUAACAGCUGCCAGCUGUAGCUUCCUAUUAAUGUUACCAGUUUUCUCAUCCAGCAAUCAAAGAAGCAUAUUAUCCCAAAUAAUUGUUUUAUUGACAUGAUUUAAUUGUUCUUCUACCAGGAGGCCCUUUACUGUAGGAAAAACAAAACAAAAAAAAAAAAAAACGAGUGGGGUUCUGACAAUCACAGGAUUUUUUUAUUUGUAUUAUUCCUGGAGACAGACGAGCUGAACCAGUUAGACAACAACAAAAACACUCUGAGAUCUCAAUCUGUUGAGUGUAUAAAAAAUAUUACAAAUUGUAAGUUUAUCCUGUUGUUUACACUCCCAGAUAGGCUGCUGCUCCAAGAGCUGAGGGGGCCACACUGCGGAGAAAAAUUAUGUCGUCACAUUUCUGACUUUUUUUUUUUUUUUUUAACGGAGGCCUACGAGGUCAAGAGUCAAAUGUGUGUUGUGCCAGUUUGUCUGUCAACUGCCUGUGACAGUAAAAUUUAAUAGUUGUCAYGGUUACGCCCCACACAAAUGCAUGCACUCACACACACACCAGCACUCCCCCYUCCUCCCCGAAGCCAUUUUAAAUGGAAGAGCCCUUAUAGAUCAAAUAACUGCACUGAUACAAUCAUGCCAGCCAAUCGUAUAAGUCAAAAAAAAAAUUUUGUAAGCAUGACGGUAGAUAGAUCACURCUUAGCGUGUCACAUUUUAAAUCCGACUCAUGACAACCGUUCAGUAUUAAUCACGUCUUUUCCCCCCCGAUCCUCCCAACGACGCCACACGACAGAUUUCAAAGGGAAGUCUUAAAUCGAGACAAUCUGUGGAGGCCUUUACGCUUUCAGUCACCUUGUUUUUUUCUUCUUCUACAUAUAAACCCCCCGCGCAGCACGUUCUCCCACGUUGAGUCCGAACGCCCAUUCGUUCCUCACAAAAUAACUGGACUGCCUGGCCGUGUUCCUUCACCGCAGGGAAAGCAGUCGUAGUUGGCCGAGCUGACCGGCGACCUCUCACCCGCUUCGUAGAGAGGACUGGGUCGGCUGGACGAAGGCGGUAGGCUGGUUUCUUUUCGAAUCAAAGGAAGUGCCUCUGUAUUCCCAUUAUGCAAUUUGUCAAACAUGAAUUCAGGUUGUUUUUUCUCACAUAUAAGCUAUAGUGA